AUGGGUAUCAUGCAGGGGAUGGCUUCCAGGGCGGCCGGAGAUGUCAAGAUGUUGGCAGCCGCGCUCUCCCAGGAUGCCACUAAUGGAAAAUCGAAACUGGGAACCUUCAUGGCUCCCAUGCUUCCGUUCUUCCUGGCCAACAAUGCUGCCAUGCAGCACGGCAAGCCAUGGGGUGACAGGACUGUGGAGGGUACCAACCCUUACCGCCAGGCUCCGACUACCGGUUCGAUCAGGAGCUACGACUGGACCAUCAGCCGAGGAACGAUAGCGCCGGACGGAUAUGAGGUCCCGGCACUUCUGAUCAACGGCCAGUACCCGGGACCCAUGAUCGAGGCCAACUGGGGAGACACCGUCCAGGUCACUGUUCACAACAACAUCACCGGCCCGGAAGAGGGCACCGCCAUGCACUGGCACGGCCUCCUGCAACGAGGUACCCCCUACCAAGACGGUGUGCCUGGUGUGACCCAGUGUGCCAUUGCUCCCGGACAAUCGUACACCUACUCUUUCCUGGCCGAUCAGUUUGGUAGCUCUUGGUAUCAUUCGCACUACUCAGCACAAUACUCGAGCGGUGUCGUUGGCCCAAUGGUCUUCUAUGGUCCUGGCAGACAAUUUUACGACGUUGACAUUGGCCCCGUCAUGCUGAGCGAUUGGAACCACCAAAACUACCAGGACAUUAUUGAGAAGAUGCUCCAGCCUGCGGCAAAGGGUGGCAACCUCAAGGUGACCUCGGACAACAACCUGAUCAACGGCAAGGGUGUCUUCGACUGCUCCACCAUGGCCAAGGGUGACAAGACUCGCUGCACGCCCAACGCCGGUUACUCCAAGUUCAAGUUCCAGUCCGGCAAGGUCCACCGCCUGCGCCUCAUGAACACGGGAUCUGACGGCAUCCAGCGCUUCUCCAUCGACGAGCACAUGAUGACCGUCAUCGCCAACGACUACGUCCCCAUCCGCCCCUACCAGACCAAGGUCGUCACCCUCGGUGUCGGUCAGCGCGCCGACGUCCUCGUCAAGGCCGACCAGGCCCCUGGCUCCGGUUUCUGGAUGCGCAGCACCCUGGCCGCCUGCUCUGAGGCUCGCCAGCCCAACGCCCUCGCCGUCGUCUACUACGACGAGGACGGCGACACCACGCCCGCCAGCAAGCCCUGGGACGUGGCCGACCCCAAGACGUGUGCCAACGACGACAUCUCCGAGUCGGUCCCCAUCUUCCGCAUGCCCGUUGCCCAGCCCACCACGACCCAGGAGUUUGUUGCCGAGAUCUUCACCAACUCUAGCGGCGUCUCGCUGUUCAAGUUUGGUGGUGUCAGCGCCAGGGUCGACAUGAACGCCCCGCCUCUGUUGCUCGCCAACGUCGGAAACACCAGCUUCCCGGCCGAGUGGAACGUUCACAACUUUGGUGGAAGCAAGGUCGUGCGCUUGGUCGUCACCAACAAGACCCCUGGAGCUCACCCCAUGCAUCUGCACGGCGCCAACGUUCAGGUCCUCGCCGAGGGUUCAGGAGCUUGGGAUGGCAGCACCAUCACCAACUCUGACAACCCUAUCCGCCGCGACACGCAGCUCGUCCGCCCCAACGGCCACGUCGUUCUUCAGUUCGAUGCAGACAACGCCGGAGUCUGGCCGUUCCACUGCCACAUCGCGUGGCACGCCUCGGCCGGUUACUUCUCCUCCGUCCUGACCCAGCCCGACCUCGUCAAGGGCAUGAGCAUGCCCAUGACCAUUGCCCAGACCUGCCGUGAUUGGGCCGCCUACACUCAGACCAACAUCCCCGACCAGAUCGACAGCGGUGUUUAA